AUGUAUUCGCCUAAUAAAUGGCCGAAAUUUAAGGAUUCUGAUGCUAAAUUAACUGCAAAAGGUGUAUUGAUGGAAAGUUAUAUGGGCGAAUACUUUGCAGAAUGGUUGGCGAAUGAAGACUUUAUAAGAGGCUGUCCAAAGCAAGAGGAAGUGCAUAUUUACGCUAACACAAAAUCUCGGACGAGGGCCACAGCGAAAUCGUUUGCGGAUGCUGCGUUUCCAUCGUGCAAUAUCUCCGCCUAUCACAAGAAAAAUAUAGAUAUCUUCGAUCCAGUUUUCCAUCCGGUGUUUCAAAAUAGUUCAGAUAGCUUUAUACGACAAAUUAAAAAUGAAAUGGAAAAUACACUAAAGGAAGUCGAUUUAACAGAAUCGUAUUUAGAAAUCAACAGAAUAUUAGAUAUAAAAAAUUCAGAUGUAUGCAAACAAAAAAAGAUUUGUGAUCUUAACAAAAAUAAAACGCAAAUCGUUUAUGAAGAAGGUGAAGAGCCUGAUGUGGAGGGUCCUUUACUAAUUGGAAAUCGGGUUAUUGAUGCUUUUAUAAUGAGUUUUUAUGAAGGAUUUCCCCUUGAAAAUGUUGCUUGGGGCAAAAUAAGGACUGAAGAUCAAUGGGAAGUAUUAACGAGGAUUAUCAAGCACAAUUUAAACGUACGCUUUGGCGCCUUAGCAUCGAAGGACAUUGGUAAACCACUGCUUAAAUACAUGUUCAAUAUAUUUAGAAGUGGGAAUCCUAGGUUUACAAUGCUGGUGGGACACGAUUCAAAUUUCUGUGUAAUUUUAAAAGCUUUAGAUUUUAAAUACUUUAAUGUUAAAAAUCAGUACGAACCGUAUCCGAUUGGCGGGAAACUCAUGUUCCAAAAGUGGUCUAAUGGCGUUGACAGUUUUUUGAAAGUAGAAUUUGUGUAUCCCACCUUUUCACAGUUGAGGAAUAGUGAAAAAUUGUCUUUGGCACACCCACCGCAAAAAGUGUUACUCGAAUUAAAAGACUGCAAAAUUAAUGAAAGGGGAUUUUGUCCAUGGGAAGAUUUUAUUCAAUUGUAUUUUUAG